AUGAAACGAACUUUACAGCAGUCGCUUUUGGGAUUUUUUCCAAAGAAGGGGAAAACUAAUGAUGAACUGAACCCUCAAAACGAUAAAAUCCUAACUACGCCGAGUAUGGAUAUUAGUACGGAUGGGGAUGCUCCAACUCCCUCCACCUCAGAUAGAAACAGAGAAACAAGCCAUGAACAUGUAGUGACCGAGCUUGAUGCUCGCUUUAAACCUCACGAAGAAGCAAUUUCAGGAAUUCAGUUGCUUCUACCAGAUCGCACCCAAAAUACUGAGAGAGCAAAGAAAUGUAUAGCAGGAAUCGGAGAAAUAUUUCUCAGGGAAGUUGAAAUAAAACAUUUAGUAAAUCAAGCCGUUACUGAAAAUAACGAUGAUUCUCAGCCAUGUAAUAAUUCGAUGACCAACUAUGCAGCUAUUUCAACAGAAGAAAAUAAUAUAGAGACACAACUUGAAACAACAGCAACUGAAGUACUUAUUGAUAUUGAUAGAGCACAUUUAGCAUGUAUCACUGCUUCUGUCGACCACAUUGAAAGCUCAAAAGAAAACAUUGUCAAUCCACAAGUGGAGAAAUUAGAAGCAACAGGAAUAAUAUUUGUUGACAUGGGUACCCUUCCUGCUGAGGAAUCUUCUAGUAAUUGCCAAACUGACAUUUCAAAAGGAAACAUUGUGUAUUCACAACUUGAGGAAAAAAUAACAGAAGUGAUUGAUAUUGCUAGUCUGGACGUUUAUAUUUUACCUGAAGGUGAAUUAGUAACUAAUAAUUUAGUAGACCAGACAGAUGUAGCAGAAGAUGAAUUAGUAACUAACAAUUUAGUAGACCGGACAGAUGUAGCAGAAGAUGAAUUAGUAACUAAUAAUUUAGUAGACCACACAGAUGUAGCAGAAGAUGAAUUAGUAACUAAUAAUUUACUAGACCAGACAGAUGUAGCAGAAGAUGAAUUAGUAACUAAUAAUUUAGUAGACCAGACAGAUGUAGCAGAAGAUGAAUUAGUAACUAAUAAUUUAGUAGACCAGACAGAUGUAGCAGAAGAUGAAUUAGUAACUAAUAAUUUACUAGACCAGACAGAUGUAGCAGAAGAUGAAUUAGUAACUAAUAAUUUAGUAGACCGGACAGAUGUAGCAGAAGAUGAAUUAGUAACUAAUAAUUUAGUAGACCGGACAGAUGUAGCAGAAGAUGAAUUAGUAACUAAUAAUUUAGUAGACCAGACAGAUGUAGCAGAACCUCGUGACACAAGUACAAAUAUUAAAAAACGAAAAAGAGGAGUGGGACCUUGGGUUCGAGUUGUUCGAAAAGAAAGAACAGAUAAAAAAAAUCGUGGAGACAGUUAUGUUACUGUAACAGGAAAGCAUGUAGCUCAAAGAAUGGUAAAAGAGACAUUGAAACCAUGUAGAUCGAAAUGUGCAGAUUUCUUUACCUUUGAUGUAAGGCAGACAAUAUUUCAAGAAUAUUGGUCACUUGGGACUCACGAUAGGCGGACACAGUACAUUAGUGGCUUAGUUACGUGCAAAAAUACUAUGACAACAAGAAAAAGAAAUGAAGACUCAGCCAAAUCCAGACAAGUCACAUAUACAUACCAUUUAGAGUACAAAGGUGAACGUCGUGUUGUAUGUAAAACGUGUUUUAUGGAUAUUUUAGAUGAAAAGGAGAAAUUUGUAAGAAUUGCAUUAACUAACAAAGGUAACCACAGAUCAGGUAUUACAGAUGCAGAUAAACGAGGAAGAAAAUCACCUGGAAACAAAAAAACCGAACAUAUGAGAGAGUUAAUUAUAAAUCAUAUUGACUCAUUCCCGCAAUACGAAAGUCACUAUACUCGCAGAGACAACAUUAACAAGUAUCUUCCCAAUCAUCUUAGUUUGAAAAAAAUGUAUGAACUUUAUCGCGAGGCAGUAACUGAGCCAGUUUCUAGGACCCUAUACGAGGAACAAUUUCACAAAAUGAAAUUAAAAUUUAAAGAAAGAAAAACUGAUACGUGUCACAAAUGUGAUGUAUACAAGAUGAAACUGGAAGUUUGUGAUAAUGAGGAACAAAAACAGAUGAUUGUGGAAGAGACCAAUUCACAUCAUGAGGCAGCAGACUUAGCGUAUAACACAAAGAAAGAGGACAAAGCAAGAGCUCAGAUUGAUCCAUCCAUUAAAUGCUACACCUUUGAUUUACAGCAGUGUCUUCCAACGCCAGAUCUAGAAACCUCUGUGGCAUUUUACAAAAGGUUGUAUUGGACAUAUAACUUGACCAUUCACGAUUGCGCUACAGGCAAGGCAUCUUGUUAUUUAUGGCACGAAACUUUAGCCAAGCGUGGCGCAAACGAAAUUGCAUCGUGUCUCUAUAAAGAAAUAAUGGAUUUACCAGAUUCAGUCAAAAAAAUUGUUCUAUACUCUGACACAUGUGGAGGACAGAACAAGAACUCACACGUAGCCGCUAUGUUUACCUAUCUAUUACAACAGAAAAAUACAAUAGAAGAAAUUCACCACAAAUUUCUAAUACCCGGCCACACCAGAAUGGAAUGUGAUGCAGAUCAUUCUUUAAUAGAAAAAAAGAAAAAAAAGAGUGCUACUUUAAUAGCCCAUCCUCACGACUGGUCUACAUUAAUUAGAUGUACCAGUAAUAAAUUUAAAAUAGUAGAAAUGGAACAAAACGAAUUUUUGGACUUCGCAGAACUUUUAAAGGGUCCAUUAGUCCAAAAACACAAAAAUAACAGCGGUGAGCGUUUUUUAUGGCGUGAGUGCCAAUGGUUGAUUUAUGGCCGGAUAUUCGGUCAAUUCGAUUACAGUACAUCACUAAAAUCUGAUACACCUUUUAAACGUAUGUCGUUAAGAAGGAGAGGUCGCGGUCACACAAUUAAUGUCACUUCUGCGUACACGGGUCCUCUUCCUAUCACAAAAUAA